AUCCACUGGUACUAUAACCUAUAUUGUGAAUAUGUGCCAUGUGCUUGUGUAACUGUAAUUCAAUUCUUUGUUUAUUUUCCAAAAUUUAAGGAUAAUUAUUGAAAUCUGGUUGGUAACAGUAAAUUGAUGUGAUAAUCAUCUUAAAUAUUCUACGAACACCAUAAUCAAUUCUUUUUUGAGCUCAUCAUUUGACUGCUUCAUUAACCUGGAUUUAUCAUGUUGACCAUGAGUUUUGGUAACCAAGCAACGAAGGAGCCACAAUAUUUUUCCUGCUCAAACCCAUUUUACCUCCGAAAUAAUCUGACGAUCCUCAUCUUUUGUAUUCCCAGCACCUGGCAGUUAAAUUCAGCCAAAAUAAUCAACCAGAGGUUAUUUUUUCUCUGACAGUACGAAAGUCAUGUCUCCCUUUUCCUGAAUUUUUCAAGUACUAAAUGUUGCCAAGAAAAUCAGUAUUGAAUACAGGAGACGACUAUGAAGAUGCCAACGGAAAAGAAACGUCAGCGUAUCGAGAAAAAGCGAAAAAAAAUGGCCGCACUAUUGGAGAUAACAAAAUUAAAUGAUAAAGAUAGAGAAGCUAGAGCACUAGGUCUAAAAAACUUGGAAAUAGAUUCAGAUAGUCCCGAAACAUCCUCUGAAAUGUCAGCCCUGAGUCCUAGUCGAAAGCGGCCCUGCAACCACUCCUCAAGCGGACCACUUGCUUCAACACCAAUAGGAGAGAAGCCUUCAGAAGUCGCUGAGGAACCAGAUCCAGGGGCUAAUAAAAAACCACGUCUCUCUGGGCAGGAGUACGCUAAACUCAAACAGGAGCUUCGAGAGCGAAAAAAAGUCCUUAAAAAUAUCCCACGAUUUCGAUUGAAGGCUGUCGGAGAAAACGCUAGUUUAAAUGACAGCAUAGGACCCAAUGAGAGGAUUCCAAUAUUCCUGGCAGAUAUCCAGCAUCUCCUCAUGUACUCUCUCCUGGGUCAUCACUCACCUUUCUCCCCAGCUCGCUGGUGCCACCUGGAGAAGUUCAACAAAGUGUCUCAUACCGUUGUCUUCGUGAUCGAAGGACUCUCCAUGUAUCAUUUUCACUCGUACGAAUCUAUUUUCACACAUAUAGGGAGUAAUUUGGAGCAUCGUUUGGAGAUGGUGACGCCAGCUGCUUAUGGUGGAUCAGUUAUUGAGGAAUUGGCUGCUGUUCCUUUGACAGGCACGCAAAGCAAAGCCCUGAUUCAGCAAUUCGGCUCGUUGGAAGCGGCGAUGCAAUCCACUGGAGACUUAGUAAAACUACUGAAAGUUGUCUUCCCCAUGCGUCCUUCAUUUCCGAAUACUCAUCCCAGCUCCCGGAACCUCCCUGUCACCGACAAAUUUCCCCGCACCCAACUACUCCUCUCCCCCUGGCAGCUUGUUGAGGAGAACUAUCCCCUGCCCCUCCGAGGAGGUCUUGCCGUCCGCUACAAAAACUACGUCCUCACCAAGAACGAGUAUGUAGAGGCCACCCCCACAUCCCCAAUGUUCGGUCUCGACUGCGAGAUGUGUCGCACAACGUCCGGUUUCCUCGAGCUCACGAGGAUCUCGAUAGUAGACGAGAAGCUGAACAUUGUCUACGAGUCCCUGGUGAAGCCUGAGAAUAAAAUCACAGAUUAUCUCACUCGAUUCAGUGGUAUUACCGAGGAGAUCUUGAAGAACGUCACAACAACUCUGACAGACGUACAAAAUCAUCUGCAAGAGCUUCUUCCUCCGGACGCUAUUCUCGUGGGUCAGAGUCUCAACGCAGAUCUCCACACCUUGAGAAUGAUGCAUCCUUACAUUAUCGACACCUCUGUUAUUUUUAACACGACUGGUGAACGCUACAGGAAGACAAAACUCCAGGUGCUGGCCCGAGAGUUCUUGAGCGAAAGGAUUCAGGAGGGCAAUCAUGGGCAUUGCUCGACAGAAGACUCCCAGGCAUCGAUGAAGUUGGUGCAGUUGAAGCUGGCUAAUACUGUGGACUUUGGUGAUGCUGUGUUGAUCGGCCAGAGACAGCUGGAGGAGACCCUGAGAAAGCAGAAGCAGAAGGACGAAACACAAAAGUUUGGUGUUUCGAUAUUCAAACAUGUGACGAAGGAUAAGAGAACUGCUGCCAUUGUUGGAACAGCUGAUGUUAUGAACGAGUAUUCAAAAUAUUUAAAGUCCUCGAGUCUCCAGGUAAUGGAUGAUGCUAAUUAUGAUAAGAAUGAUCACGUGAGGUUGGUUCUCGCUGAGACGAAUAAACAGACGGUGAAUAGAGCAGCGCACAUCGCUAUGGAACAUGCCCUUACAUUCUGUCACGUUAAAAUUCCCAACGAUCAUCUUCAGGUGGAGAACUUGGAGAGAACUUGUCGCGCUGUCAAUAAGUGGAUGAUGAAGCUAUGGCAUCACAUGGCCAUCAAUGGUCUAGCUUGUGUUGUGUUCAGUGGGGAGAGCAAUGCUUCCAAUGGGGCUUGUUUUCUUAAUUUGAAGAGAGAACAGAGGUCUCUUCGUGCAACGCUUGAUAAAAGUUGAGAGUUUGUAGAGGAGAAUAAUAAAUGUGUGGAUUUAUUCGGGAAUAAACGAUUUGAGUGAUUCAUAUUAUUCCGAGACUGAAUAUUCAUGCCUUUUGUUUAGGUGGGAAUGUAUAAAUACAGAGCGUAUCGUGAGUUGUCAAUAAACAUUUUAUAGAACGUUUAAUUCAUUUUGAUGGUGUCUGGUGAGGUGGAUGAAAAUCUAUUUGUUUAUGUUGGGUUGAUAUUCAUUGCUGGAGGAGGUGUUUAUGGCUGAUGGGAUUGAUCAUGGUGAUGAGGGGGUAAAUUAAAGGAAAACCUGGAAAACAUGAGUUAGAGAUUCAGAAUAAGUUUUGCUCAGUUCAGUAGCUUUGAUUACAAAACAAGUAUGUCACAUGUAAAAAAUAAGGUUUUUGUUAUUGUAUAACUUUUCCGCUAACCAUCGUGGAUAAAGGAUCAUUGGAGAUGGGCGUGAAGCGGGUGGUGCAUCAGCCCUUCAAUGAGGAGUCAAUAUGUUUCGAUGUAUUUCGCGAGAAAAUCGAUGGAACUACAGAAAAAUGUUCACUCACUUAUCGAUCCAAUAAAAGAUCUUUACCACUA